AUGUCAUCAUCAUCAUCAUCGAAAUUGAAAUCAGAUGUCGAUCAACUUGAUGAUCUUGUUAAAGAUUUACUCAACGAAGUAAAUCGUCCGAUUAGUAAUAAUAUUAACAAUAAUGAUAAUAAUAAUAAUAAUAAUACUCACCGAUAUUCAUAUCAACGACAGUUAAAUAAUGACGUUUCGAAUUCAAAAUUAUCUUCAUCAGCGAUACUUAAUGAUGGAAAACGUUCUGAAGUUGAGAUUUCAUCAACUACUGUACCGCGUUCGAAAACAACUCGUGAAGAACGUAUACGUAUUAAACGUGGAACUCCAACGACGGAGAUUCCUUCGACAGCAGCCACAACAAAAUCUCAAAUAGCACCAUCAUCGAUUGAUGAACAACUUAUUGAUUCAUUAUUAGAAAGUGUUCAAAAUACUUUAAAAAAACGUGCACAAAAAACUCAAUCUACUAUAACAGCAGAUAUACCAAUACAAAAUCGGCGAACCUAUAGCUCAAGUGCUGCCUAUACUGAUUCGAUUCAUCGUAUGGAUCCAAAUCGAGGUCGAUUUCCAAUAAAACUCUAUCGAACAGAUAGUUCAACAAGUACAUUAUCAUCAAAACGACCAUAUAGUCGACAAGAUUAUCGCGAUGGUUACACAUCAGCAUCAACAGCAGCCAUUCCGAACUGUUUUCGUGCAACAUCAGAACCACCGCCUGAUGGUCCUAUUGAGUUACGUCGCAUGGAUCUAGUUCGUUCGCCAUCACGUACAUAUGUUGAUUCACAUGGACCCAAUGAAUAUUGUUACUAUCCACGUUCAACAUUAUCAUCAAGCGGUGUUCGUAUGCGUGGUCCUGAGUAUUCAGGCUAUGAAACUGAUACAGGCUUGAUGACAUCUCGUGUUUAUCCUCCAAGAUAUUAUCGUGUCCCACAACCACCGCCACCACCACAGCUAGCACCUGUAUAUCCUUAUUAUCGUUAUCAUGAAUGCCCACGUACAAUGCCUCAUCCAGAUGGUUAUGAUACAGAUAGUGGUUUAGUAAGCAGUGGUCGAUUACAUAUGACUCGUACGUUACCACCACGUAUGGCUGUUAUACCUGAAACUAUUAUUAUUAAUAAUCGAAUGGCAUCAGCAGCGAAUUUAAAUCGAGGAGUGCCAGCUAAUUAUCGUAAUAGUUCAUGUUUUAAUCAAGUAAAUCGUUCUCACAAUUUAACUGGCUACGAAACAGAUUCGGGUAUGAAUACAAGACAAUAUCAUACUGGAUAUCGACAUGUACCUGUUGAUAUACAAUAUGGUAAUAAUGAAUGGUCAGGAAAUCAAUCGACGUCAAGAGCUACUUCACAACAGCGCAACUUUGUUGAUAGCAAUCAAUCUUAUCGACAAGCACAAGAACAAUUUCGUGGUGCAUCGAUACCUGUUUUUAGUCAACAUUCAGAACAACAACAACAGCAAAGAACAACAACAAUAACACCAUCAGGAUCAUCAUCAUCCAUAGUGAAAACAACUAAAAAUGAUAUACCGAUAAAACCAACUCUAUUUCCGGGUUCAGUUGGUUUAUCAAAUCCAUUGAGUGAUUCUAAAUCACAACAACAACUUCAUCAUCAUCAUCAUCAGCAACAGCAACAACAAACAUCUGAAAUUGAAAUAAAACGUAAAAUUUCGAAUGAUAAUGUAACAAAACGAGCACCUAGGCCACAUGGAGCUAUUAUCGAGAGUACUGUAUUACAAGCAGUCAUUGAUCCUGGUGUAACAGAUACAAAAAUAAUAUCGACUACAGUUGAGACUAUAAACAAUGCAAAUGUGGACAAUCAAGCAGGAAAACUUCCAUCAACACUGCCUACAUUUCCAGUAAAUAACCAAUCUUAUAAUGCAAACAUUCAAACACGUAUAGGAAAUAAUUCAUUACGAAAUCAAGAUGAAAGUUCACGAAGAUCAAGCGUUUCUUCUAUGACAGACUCUGAUGUCCAUCGUAAUGGAGCUUAUCAAGCACAUAAUGUAAGCCAAUUCUGGUAUAAAGAAAAACUGUCGCGAGAAGACGCGAUAAAUUUACUUAAAACAAAAAAACCUGGCACAUUUCUUAUCCGUGAUAGUCAAGGGUUUCCGGGUUCAUAUGGUCUAGCUGUUAAAGUUGAAACCUUACCACCGGGUAUUCAUCCUAAACCAGGUGCUGAUCCAAACACUGAACUUGUUCGACAUUAUCUUAUUGAACGAAUAUCAACGGGACAUGUUCGUUUGAAAGGUUGUCCUAAUGAACCGGAUUUUGUUAAUCUAUCAGCAUUAGUCUAUCAACAUACAAUAGCAGCACUUGCCUUGCCAACCAAACUUGUUCUACCAACAGUUGAUAUUGCUGCAGAUUUUCAUCCAACAGUAAAUCAUCAACAAGAAACUAGAAAAGUAUCAAUCAAAGAUUUAUUAGAAAAAGGAGCCGCUUGUAAUGUUGUUUAUUUAAAUAAUGUUGAUGUCGAAUCACUAUCCGGUCAAAUGGCUGUUGCUAAAGCUUUAAAUAGCACAUUUGAAAAUGCUGAACGUUUACAAGCUACUAUAGUUAAUUUUAAAGUAUCGAAUACGGGUAUUACAUUAACAGAUAUCAAGAAGAAAUUAUUUUCAAGACGGCAUUUUCCGAAAGAAUAUGUAACUUAUUGUGGUGUUGAUUAUGAAACCGAACGUUUUUGGACAUAUCGAUAUAAUGAUAUUGAUAUGUUAACACGAGCCAAAUGUUUCGGUUUUGUAUCAAAGAAAAUCAAUGGUACAAAAUCUUCGCAACAGGAAAAUGAAUGUCAUAUAUUUGCUGAAAUCGAUCUGACACAGCCAGCAACAGCUAUCGUCAAUUUUGUAUCAAAAGUUAUGAUUGGCAGUAUACCUGUUUAA